ACUUCUUCCGCAUUUGGUUCCACAUUUGUGAAAAGCGGGAAGAAACGGAAGACACACGGAAAAUGAAACCUGAAGUUGUCAGACCGAAGCUUUAGUUUUCUCAGCACAUUCUUUACGAAGAAAGGGGUCGCGGCAGUAAGAAUCUGUUAAGGAUCAUGUCUAGACGUCGCCGAGGAACGGCUGCUGUGGAGGCGGGGCCAUCCAAGCGUCGCCGUGGUGAUGGUGAUUCAGAGGCUGAUGAUAUGGAGAUGUCACAGGCUCCAGACUUCAGCUAUCAGGAAGUGAAAGAAGCAGAAGUUGGAAUUGUGGAGAAAGUAUCCCUAAAGAACUUCAUGUGUCACAACCGACUUGACAUUGGUUUUGGACCCCACGUAAACUUUGUCAUCGGCAGAAAUGGGAGUGGUAAGAGUGCCAUUGUGACGGCCCUAGUGGUGGGGCUUGGUGGAAAAGCAGCCAUCACAAAUAGGGGGUCUACCAUCAAAGGAUUCAUCAAGUCCGGAAAACAGACAGCAGAGGUGGAGAUUCGCCUUAGGAACCGUGGCACAGACGCCUACAAACCAGAGGAGUAUGGCGAUGCAAUUGUUGUAGAGAGGAGAUUCACUGCUGAUGGGAGCAGCACCUAUAAGCUCAAGUCCAAAGCCGGUAAAGUGGUUUCCACAAAGAGGGAGGAACUGAACCACAUCUUGGACCAGUUUAACAUUCAGGUGGACAACCCUGUCGCCAUUCUUAACCAGGACACGAGUCGCUGCUUCCUCCACUCAAAGAAUGCUACAGACAAAUACAAGUUCUUCCUGAAGGCCACCCAGUUAGAACAGAUGAAGAGUGAUUAUGCUGUAGCGAAUGAGCAGCGUCAGUACACAUCAGAAAUUAUACAGAGAAAGGAACAGACAAUACCCACUCUGAAGAAGGAAGUGGAGGACUGGGAGAAUAAGUUUAAAGCUUUAUCUUGCAUUGAAAAUUUGAAGAAAAAGUUACAGCACCUCAAGCAUGAAAUGGCCUGGGCUUUGGUGCAGGAGAAAGAAAGGGGUUUGGAGCCUCACUUAAAAGAACAUAGACAGGAAGAAGGGAGGAUGCCCAAAUUUGUAGCCAAAGUGACUGAAGCUGGGGAGAAGCUUGACAGUUGUAUGGAGCGCCAUAAGACUGUCCAGGAAGAACUAAAGAAGCUUGGGCAGGAGGCAAAUGCCCUUAAGCCCAUCCUGUUGGGAGGAAAAAACCAUGUCACAGAGAAAAAGGAUGAGCACAGAAAAGCUCAGAUGGAUUUGAGGAGAACAGAAGGCGAAUUAAGGAACAUAAAGAAAGAUCGCGACCAAACCUUGGAGAGGAUGGAAGAAAUUCGAAACACGGCACAGCACGAUUAUGAGUCAGAGCGGCGUGCACGAGAAGAGAGCAUCCGCAGUUUGGAGCAAAAGCUACAGACAUAUGAGGCCCAGAGGCAAACCACUGACCACCAGUUAAGGCAGUUCCGGGCGGCUGUAUCCAAACACAAAGAGGAUGGCUUUAAACUCAGUGAGGAAGAGAGGACGCUCCAGCGAGGGAUCACGGAGAAGGUGCGCUACAAGCAGACCCUGGAGGGCGCCAGAACAGACCAACUCAAGCGAUUUGGAAGCUGGGUGCCCGCAGCUAUGAAUCUUAUCGAUGAGGCUGACCGGAAGGGGAAGUUUAAACACCGUCCAAGGGGUCCAGUGGGUGCUUGUUUCAAACUAAAGGACCCGGCGUGGGCACUAAGCAUGGAGAGCUGUUUGAAGUCGCUAAUCCACUCUUACUGCUGUGACAACCACAGUGAUGAGGCUGUUUUGGAACAAAUCUUUCACAGGGUUUGUCCAGAGGGGAGAAGACCCUCCAUUAUCGUCAGGAAAUUCAAGAACCAAAUGCAUGAUGUGUCAAAAUACAGGGCAGUCAGUGACCGUUACCAAACAGCCCUGCAUUUAGUAGAUACAGAUGAUCCAGUCAUUCUUAACUGUCUAAUUGAUCAGAGAGGUGUAGAGAGUAUUCUGCUGAUUAAAGAUAAUAACGAGGCCAGAAGAGUUAUGCAGAGUUCACCACCAAGAAACACUAACGAGGCUUUCACAGCCCAGGGAGAUCAGCUGUACUGUCGUCCCACAUUCAGAUACUACUCCUACGAGAAACACAGCCAGUUCUUGACGGCCAAUGUGGAGGAGAACAUUGCUGCAUGUGCGGCCGAGAUCGAGGCGCUGACAGGCGAUUUGCAUGCAGUGCAGGGCCGCGUUCGCGAGGUCAACACUGCCAUCCAGGAUAAUCAGAAGCAGGAGAGACACACAGCUGCGCAACUUAUGAAGAUACGAGACACCAUCAACAAAAUACAGCUGGAAAUCAAUGAGCUGAAGAGUAUAGAAGACCCUGUUCCUGUAGAUGUGGCCACCCUGGAAGAGGAAGUGGAAAGUUACAACGCACAGAUUGAGAAACUUGGGAAACAAUGCGAACCUAAAAAGGCAGCCGUGGAAAGCUCCAAGGCAGAGGUUGUGAAGGCUGAAGCGGAGCUGCGCAAACUGGAACAGCAGAUGACAGAGCUUAGAGAGAAAGGCGACCCUAUUCUGGAUCAAUCCAAUGCCAUUGCACAUGACAUCGAGAAGGCCCGACAUCACAAGGCCCAUUUCACCCAGAAACUGAAGGAACAAGAGAGAAAAAUCCAAGACAUCAAGAAGACCAUUGAGAAAUACCAAAAAGAGCUAGAUUCUGACAUUGCCAAGGCUAAACAGAUCUGUCCUGAGCGGAUUCAGACGCGGAGGAAAGCUCAUGACUUGGACAGUGAAAUCAGUGAGAUCAUGAAGAGGAUAACAACUGAGGAGAAAAGCCGUGGGAACCAGGAAGAAAUAACUCGAAAAUACCAUGAAACGAAAAACGCCUUUCUGAAAAUCCACCGGGAGAUUGUUCAGCUCAAAACAUUCAUCAAGGGUUUAAAGGACGUGAUGAUUCACCGCCAGAAACAGUACUUUGAACUGCGGCGUAUGAUCGCCAUGAGGACAAAAUAUUUCUUCAUUGUGAUGUUGUCCAAUAGGCAGUACACUGGCAAAAUUAGCUUUAAUCAUGCAAAGGAAACGCUAGAAAUGUCUGUUCAGCCUAACAACUCCUGGGAGACAGGGAAUACAGCAGCACCAGGAUCAAAGGACAUGCGGUCUCUGUCAGGAGGCGAGCGCUCAUUUGCAACGGUCUGCUUCAUCCUGGCUCUCUGGGAUGCCAUGGAGUCGCCCUUUAGGUGUCUGGACGAGUUUGAUGUGUUCAUGGACAUGGUUAACAGAAGGAUCAGUAUGGACAUGAUGAUGGAGGUGGCCAAUGCUCAGACUGGCAGACAGUUUAUCUUCCUGACUCCACAAGACAUGAGCCAACUACACUCGACAGCUAAUUUACGGAUCUACCGCAUGCCUGACCCAGACAGGUCGCAGGAGGAGGAUGAUGAACAAUAGAAAAAAUCUGAGAAGAAUCUCGUGCCCAUUUGAUUAAAGAGCACAGUUAGACCUGGUGGCCUGUUUUGUUUACAGAUAUAUAUAUAUAUAUAAUGUAUACACAUUUUGUUAAAACACAAAAUUAAAAGGAGAGAGUUUAAUAUACAUGCACGUGCCUUUAGUGCUUUUCUUCAAUAGAAAGGCAGAUGCACAUAAUACUGUUUAUAGAUAAUGAUAAUACCAACACUUGUUAUAGUAAAUGUUGGAUGACAGAUUGUGAGACUUCAUUUUUUGCUCAGAUACUGCUUUGUUAUUUUGUUUGGAAUGUGUGUUUCUUUUUGGUUUGGUUAAUAAUAAUUAAUCUCUAGACUUAUAACAAAAUCUCUAUAACAAAAUCUGCUUUGUUCAUUCAGAGAUUGAAUAGAAGUAGUCCGAUAAUAACAACACUAUGAGUUAACACUACUACAAAUACAUAGUGAUGCCCCAGUGCAAAAUGUCGUCUCCUCUUUACAACAGGGUAGAGCUACUUACCUGUCCCUUAACACGACCGCACAAGGCUUUGUGUUUAGAUUAAACUACUAGUAGAAUAUCAGUAUCUUCAAAAUAAUGGAUGGAUCCAACACAUCCGAUGUCCCACCGCCACUUCUCAUGACAUCGUAACGUCACAGAAAUAUUGAACAUUUGUAACCCAUGUGUGGAACACCUGGUUGACCUAUUUGCUACAAUACUGCUUAUGAUUGGUCAAUUGGUUGUUUUUCUUCACUGACAGUUCAGAAGGUCUGUUGAUACCCAACCCCACACAAGAUCAUAAUUAAGAAGAUUAAUCAGCUCCUGUGUAAUUUGUUUCCUGUAUUCUAUGUACCACUGUGUGGUAUAAUUGGUAGAUUGAUGCCAAAGUGCAGUAAAGCAGCAUUUCAAAGAGGUAUCACUCUGUUGUCAUGACGUUGCAUCUCAAAACCUGCAUAGUCAUUGUUUUGCACAUUAUUAAUACCAGUUCAGACAGUGAUUGAAGACAAAGUGCACAGUGCUUUUCUUACAUCGGGACCAAAACCUGAUGGAAGAGGUGUGAAAUACUUACAAAGUCUAGUCGCUGGUAUUAUACGGACCAAAACAUGAAGACCAGUCUAUUUGUAGAGAGAACAAUGACUGGAAUUGUCAACUAGUGGACUAUCAUAUUGGUGUUGUAAUGUGGGUUAUCUAUGGGUGUUUCAAAUGAAAUAAGCGCGUGUCUAAUAUACAUGUACAUAUCUGUGAUGGCUGGAACUGUAGAGAUGAUGGACAGGUGUGCUUGGAAUGAAGAGGUGUGAAACUGAAAUCCUUACAAAGUCUAGUCGCUAUUGACCUGUUAUUUGUUUCUUAUGUUAGUCUUAUGUUUACAUGCCUGUGUAUUUCUGUUACAGGUUUUGUGGAAAUCCCCUUUCGAGUAAUAAAUGUCAUUUCCACUUGAUGUCUGUUUUUAUGUGGUUAAGAUUAUUUAUUGACAUACUUUUUUUCCACAGCAGCCUUUGCAUCAUUUGCUGGCAUGCAGAGAGAAAGGAUGCAAGCUAGCCAAUCAUAAACAUACUUCAGAAUGGGUUCUAGCUAUGGAGUACAAUAAUAUGCAAUUGUAUUGACAGUUUUGGGCAAAAAAUUCAUAUUUGCUAAACAAAUGAAAUUAUCUUUACUUGCCAAGAAUAACUCAAAUUAGUGCGUUUCAGAAAAUGUAUGACUUGCACCUGUAAUAUUUAUAGUGGUAAAGUGAUUGUAAAGUUUGAAAAACAUAUAAAUCAGCCCGCAUCAUAAAUUUUAUAAUUUGCCCAGAAUAGCUCAAAUUAUUGCCUUUAGAAAAUAUCUGUACCUGUAGUAUUUAUAGUGGUAAAGUGAUUCCCAAGUUUGAAGAAGUUAUACUGCCACCCACACUAAAAUUUACGAACUUUACCAUGACAUUCUUUUUUCCAAAAAUCUCUGGUAUGGCUUCUUCAUGCCAAGCACGAGUUACUUCUGUACUGGAAACACUCCUGUUUCUGCUGGUGUCAUGCCAACCCUUUAUCACCUUGAGGGUACCUUAGGGUACAAGUGACACAACGUCAUGUUUGUGGUUUGUCUAAGAUGGUGCAUCCCAUGGCUCUUAAGAAUUCCAGAUUUAAAAUUCAUUUGUAUAGUUACCAAAAACGUCUGAAUAAAACAGCUGUUGUCGUUUAGGCCAGUUUUCGUCAUUCUUCAAAAAUUACUAAGGUUAUACCAUUUGUUGUCUUUCCUAUAAAAACC